AUCAGGAAGCCUAUGAGGCUCAGAAUCCGGCAGUGGAGAAUCAGGACCAACACCCUCCUGCCAUCCAUCAGGCCAAGGACAGCAUGAAGAGACCACCUCCCAUGUCCCCUGCCUCUGGACCCACAGAAUCAUGAUGGCCCAGGCAGCCCCACUGCUACUGCUGCUGCCUUUGCUGUUAAUGGGUUCACAGGGAGAGGUGUUGCCAGUGAAGUACCAGGAGGGGCAGACACUCAGAGUGAACUGUGGCUACAAUCCCCAGAGAGCUGAGAAGAGGUGGAAAAUCUGGUGUAAAGUGAGAGAGGAUGAAAGGUGGUGUGAAAGAAUAAUUACCAGGAACUCAGUGGACACUGCACAACUUACAGACCUACAAGCCUCCCUGGUGGAUGACACCUACACUGGUACCAUCACCAUCACCACGUCUAACCUCAGAGUGAAGGACUCGGGCAUCUAUUGGUGUGGAAUCUAUGACCCUGUCAGUGACACUACUGAUGUUCUCAGGACAAUCAGGCUGGAGGUUUCUCCAGCCACAACAUCGAAGACCACCAAACAUUCUCAAGCUACCACUGAGACACCUCUCAUGACGUCUGCCAUACCUUUGGCCACCAGCAGGCCAUCACACUCUUCCAUUUUCUCCAGUUCCCCAGUUAUCCAAGUACUAUGUGGGCUCAUUGUGACCAAAAGCCUAGUCUUCACAGCUCUGGUGAUGUGUUUGGGCAGGUACAGGAGCUAAGGUAAAGGAAGGAGUCACUCUGAGCUUUCUCAGGACCAAAAUGACCUGAAGUGAAAUGAACUCAUUUCAAUGUACAUCUCAACCUGAGGUACAUUCCUGCCAUCCUGAGCUUGGCCCAGGCCACCAGCAAUAUGCAGACAUCCCUAUCAGCACAGGCAGUCCAGCCACCAUACCCAUGCUGAUUCCCUGUCCAGAUCCUUGAAGCCCUUUUCAUGCCCUUUCAGCUUUCAGUGGACCUCAGAGCUCACCUCUUUUUUUUUUCUCUUAUGAUGAGAAGCACCUAUGACUAUUUCUGUCAUUCUUAUUACUCUGUAGAUGGGUCAAUCUGUUUCUCUUAGGCCUUAGAAUGGCUCCUCAUUGCAUUUGAAAUGAAGUUCAAAAUCCAAGUACUCAGGACCUUUCAUGGUGUGGCCGUCAAAUAUUGAUCCAAUCUUCUUUCUCACUAUUUCCCUGCAGAGACUCUCCCUUAUGGCCAGGUUGGACUCUUCAUGUUCUCUAGAAUAUCAUAUAAAACUCAAGUAUCAAAGGGGGCCACUCACCUGUAUAUAAAGAUCCCUCUGUGCUGUUUGACUUACAAAAACCAGUUAUUAAUAUCAUCUGCAUUAUAUUGUAUUUAAUUUAUAUUGUUAUCUAUUUCCCAAUUAUAUCUUAAUCUGGUUCAGGGUGCACUUGGGAGCAUUGUGGGUGAUGUGCAGCCCACAUGCGCAUUUGGACACAUCUGCUCUAGAACAGGGUUAUGUUCACCUGCCUAUCUUGCUCCUUCCUAUUCUGCCUAUUUCUAAGGUCCUUCUAGGCUCCUAUUCAGGACUUUUAUUCAUUAAAAGACUUUAGGAAUCCUAACUCUUUUAAGAAGACGUGUGUGAUCCCACAACCAGAUUUGAGGCCCCACUUCUGUUAAAAUCCAUUGACAUUCUAUUUCUCCUUUCAUAUUUAUCACUCCCAAACCUGUAUUGUCCCAAAGUGGGCUCUUAUAGACCAGGGGAUCCCAGCCUGGGGUAUGUGACCUUUUUCUAUAAAUAUUUUGAAAAGUAGUUUUUCAGGCAGCUAGGUGGCACAGUGGAUAGAGUACUGG